ACGAAACUGCACACAAUUUAUCGCGGACGUAAUUCUUCUUUCACGAACGUGCAGUUUCUCAGGCAUUACUUGACAAUUGACAGGCGUCCCACGACCCCAUUUUGUUGACGUACGACCUUAGCUGAGCGCUUUGACGACGUGCUCAAAACCAGGUUUCAAAGAUGCACAGGCUCUCGCAUGGUGUCGUGUACAGGCAGUACCGCCUGUCACUGAGGGCGCAAAGCCUACAGCGCUUCUCUUCAAAUUCGUCCUCGAGCUCCGUCGCCACAGGCACCGUUGGAAACGAAACCAAAGAUGACCAGGGGACGAGCGCGGUCCAGACUGAGCGGGAGAUCUUCCUGUUUGGGCCCAAGGACCUGAGGGCCCCAUUGCCCGGAAAUGUGGGCGUGGUUCCCCUCGACUUCGGAGCAAAGCCUGCCGCGCCCGUCGCCCCCAAGACCUGCGACGUGCUGUCCAGGGAGACGAGCAGGGAACGCCACCACAACAUCCUUGCCCAGUUCUUGAGCCCGCCCGAAGAGCUCUUGAACGAGGCAUUCAACGGGGUGCCGGGUCCACCUAAUGUGUUGGAAUGCACGGCACAGGACUGCCCUGACCUGAUGAAGAAAGAUUUCCAGGACCUGUUCCCUGGCCGAGACAUUCGUAACGAUUCGCUCACUGUCAUCACCCUGACCCACAAGACUGAGAAUGACAUGACGUACUGGAGCGAAGACGUCGAUAUCGAGAGAGAAGAGCUCACGGGACAGUUUGUUUUCAAGGCUCAAAAAAUAUGCAAAGCCCUCCAAGAAGCAGGAUACUGGGCAGAUUUUAUCGAUCCUUGCUCCGGGCGUCCGUCUCUGGGUCCUUACACCAAUUCAACUCUCCUCGAGACGGAUGAACGCUACAGACACUUUGGAUUCACCAUAGAAGAUUUGGGAUGUUGCAAAGUGAUAACACACCACCUAUGGGGUUGUAAUGCCUUUGUGGGAUGCCUUUUUACAAAUGCUCCUUCUGAUAGCUUUGAGGUCAAGAAGGUUCUGUGUGAGAACAAUGAGUAAACACUGCUUUUAAAAUAGACUGAGGAGGAUUCUUAUAAAUAUUUGUACAGCGGAGUGAAAACUUUGGGAAUGUUUGAAAAAUUAUCUCGGAAUAAAGGUGUUUUCCCCUUGUGAA